GGUGUGGCACCGUCAGAUGCCGAGGGGAGGCCACACCGGAUUUUAUUGUUUGUGUAAUAAUGUGUUUUGUUAUUCAUUGUAUGUUAUAAUUUCCACCUGUGGUGCCGCCUGGCUGGGAAUUGAGAGCAACGCCCCGUGGGUGUGGCAUCCCACUUAAAGAAGUGGGAUCGCAGAGGGGCCACAAAAAGGUGAGGACGCAGUGGCGUGGUGGGGACGACGAUUCCCCGGCAGCUCAGCGCCUCCUCCAAGCAGUCCAUCCUCUAAGGAAGAGGGGGUGGAUCCGGGUGGCCUUGGCGGUGCUUCAGGCCUGGCCAGGGGCCCGGAAAGAACUACGGCGUCCAACUCGGCGCCCAUGGCGAGCGGCGGACCACGCGGACAGCAGGGGCGGACCGCCGGAGCGCGAAGACGGCCGGAGGCGGGACGGGCAUACCGCCCGGUUCCACUGCCGCGGAUGCGGGCGUUGGAGGCCUGUGCGGAGCUGGACAAGGGGCGGACCGACGUCUACCGGGCCGUCAGGGGAGUGCUCCGGGAGAGGCGUCACAACUCGCCUGUAACCUGCUGUCGGCGGCUCCGAUCGGCUGAGGUGCCAUCCGGGAGGAGACCAGCGGGGGCGUGUUGCCGUUGGAAGGGCCUUAGCCGGGGCUGGGACCGACUGGAGCGGCGCACCAAGGAGCGGGUCGGAGGGAUCGCCGUCGUGGAGCAGCCGCAGCCCGUGCAUCCAUCCGACGCGAGGACGUGGGUGGAGGAGCACGCGACGGAGGACAGUCCCGCUGAUCCCUGCAGACCAACCGGACAGGGCCUCUACAUUAGGCGAGGGGCGCCUGCGGAACGGGUUGGUGUUUCGGCGAGGGCUUGCGCGGCGGCGGAGGGCUGGACUGGAUCGCCGCACAUCGUCGAUCCCUCAGAGGAGGGGGAUGGUGUGACGGUGUGGCACCGUCAGAUGCCGAGGGGAGGCCACACCGGAUUUUAUUGUUUGUGUAAUAAUGUGUUUUGUUAUUCAUUGUAUGUUAUAAUUUCCACCUGUGGUGCCGCCUGGCUGGGAAUUGAGAGCAACGCCCCGUGGGUGUGGCAUCCCACUUAAAGGUGAGCACUGCAGGCGGCGAAAAGAGAGGAGUGACAGAGUGUGCUGCGUGCUGCAUGGCCCUGCGUGUAGCAACUGUUUAUGAAAUAAACACAGAACCUCCUCA